AAGAGUCUUCUAGGUCAGAGGAGUGAAUGAAAAUGAGUUCCAAAACUCAGAAAAUGGAAUUAAAUGAUGGCCACUGCAUACCUACCCUGGGCUUUGGCACCUAUGCAACUGAAGAGCAUCUCAAGAAAAAGUCUAUGGAUUCUACCAAAAUAGCUAUAGAUGUUGGAUUCCGCCAUAUUGAUUGUUCUCACUUCUACCAAAAUGAAAAAGAGGUGGGACAGGCAAUUCGAAGCAAGAUUGAAGAUGGCACUGUGAAAAGGGAAGAUAUAUUCUGUACUUCAAAGCUUUGGUCAACGUCCCAUCGUCCAGAGUUGGUCAGACCCAGCUUGGAAAGUUCACUGAGGAAACUUAAUUUGGACUAUGUUGACCUCUAUCUCAUUCAUUUCCCAGUGUCUUUGAAGCCAGGGAAUGAUAUUUUACCUCAAGAUGAACGUGGAAACCUAUUACUUGACACAGUGGAUCUCUGUGCCACAUGGGAGGCCAUGGAAAAGUGUAAGGAUGCAGGAUUAGCCAAGUCCAUUGGGGUAUCCAACUUUAACCGUAGGCAGCUAGAGAUGAUCCUGAACAAACCAGGGCUCAAGUAUAAGCCUGUAUGCAACCAGGUAGAAUGUCAUCCUUAUCUCAACCAGAGCAAGCUGCUGGAGUACUGCAAGAUGAAUGACAUAAUCCUGGUUGCCUAUGGUGCGCUGGGAACUCAGAGAUAUAAAUACUGUGUUAAUGAAGAUACCCCAGUUCUCUUGGACGAUCCAGUUCUCUGUGCAAUGGCAAAGAUGUACAAGCGGACUCCAGCCCUAAUUGCCCUUCGCUACCAGCUACAGCGUGGGAUUGUGGUCCUGGUCAAGAGUUUCAAUGAGGAGCGAAUCAGAGAGAACAUGCAGGUUUUUGAUUUUCAAUUGACUUCAGAUCACAUGAAAAUCCUAGAUGGCCUGAACAGAAAUUUACGGUACUUUCAUGGUAAUAUGUUUAAUGCUCACCCCAGCUUUCCAUUCUUUGAUGAGUACUAGUAUGGAUGCCUUUGCCAUGAGUUCUGUUAGAAGACCUUGUGUGUGAUGCUG